GUCACGACUCGUGUCGUGGGGCUUUUCCGGUUGCACAGGUUUGAACGUAGGCGAAUAGUUGGAUGUCUUCCUCUGGUUGUUGGUCGCGUAAAAGUGCUGUUGACUCGCUGGUGUGUUGCCGCUUCCGCUGUGUUCGCCGGUGUUUCAUGUUUUCCCGUAGUUAAUCGAGGGAGGUAUUCAACGUCACGAUUUAAGUCCUGUUUUUGAGUCGGAGGGGACGCACACGGGAAGAAGUCAUAUACCUCAGUGCAGCCAUGUGGGCCGAUAAGCAGCGAGGAAUCCGAGUGUCGCAGGAGGAGCUUCUCUGCAAGAACGCUUGUGGUUAUUAUGGAAACCCAGCGUGGCAAGGCUUCUGCUCCAAGUGCUGGAGAGAACGCGCCCGUCCCGCUGAUGCUCAGAGGCAAAGCACCAGGCCGAGUCAUGACGCGACUCCCCCCACCUUCUCCAAAUUUGAGGAGAAGAAAAGUAUUGAAAAGGGACGUCGCAUCAACACAAUGAGAAGACUGUUCUGGGGAACUCCCUCUCCUCCCAAACAAGAGUCCUCUGCAACCCACCAAAAUGUGUUGAAGGCCUACCAGAGCCUGGAGCCUGGUGAUUUCACCGGCUUCCUAAAGAUUCUGCGGAGCCCUCCUUCUCAGCGUAUGCAGUCCCGGUGCACGGCUUUCCUCAACACCAUGGAAGCCUACCAUCAUCUGCCCAUUCAGAAGCAGUCCGAUCUUGUGCAUGAUUUCUAUCAGUCUUUUUCAGAAUAUUUUCACAGCCUGCCCGAGCCGCAGAUCAAUCAGCUGAUGGGACAUGUGGAGAAGCUGAUAAUGACACGCUUGCACAAGUGGGUCUUCUGCCAUGACAGCUGUGAUGAUGAAGAGAAGGAUCUGGCGCUUCAGAGAAGGAUACGCUCAUUGAACUGGAUCACUCCGCAGAUGCUCAGUGUUCCAUUCCCCGACUCCAACGCCUCAGUCACCGGCGACCCCUUUCUACCGGCUAUAACUGCCAUUAUUGAGAUGGACGCCAAACGAGCCCCUCAGGACAAGCUGGCGUGUGUGUCCAAGUGCAGCCAGCAUGUUUUUGAGGCUCUCUCCAGCUCCAACAGUGAGCCUGCCAACGCCGAUGACUUCCUGUCGGGGCUGGUGUACGUGGUGCUGAAGGCCAAUCCCCCUCGUCUGCACUCCAACAUGCAGUACGUGAUUCGUUUCGGACUUCCUCACAGUCUCAUGGCUGGGGAAAGCGGCUACUACUUCACAAACCUGUCAUGUGCUGUGGCCUUUAUAGAAAAAGUUGACGGGCCAGCGUUGAACCUCAGCUCAGAAGAGUUUGAGGGCUACAUGUCACGCCAGCGAGGCCCGGCCACCGUGAGCAAGAGGCACCAGAUUGCCAGCGAGACUGGACACAUGCUGGAGGAGCUGGCGGGUCGACAGGAGAAGCUGGACCAGGGAAUGGACGCUCUCAACAAGCAGCUGAAGAAGUGGGUGCAGGCUGUUCACGUACAGCUGGACGAGGCAGCGGCUCAGUUUUCCCUGGUGAAAAAGGAGCUGGAUGUUAAUAUCUCACAAGUUUCUCCAGCUCAUGACCCCGUGGCUGCGGAGGAGAGAAGCAAGGAAGAGACAGUACUAGUACUAAAUGAUCAGCACGAUGGCAUCCAAGACACAGAAUGUUAGCUGUUUUGAUCUGACGGUACCUCACAGAUACUCAGCGCUAACUGUGUAGUAAAACAACGAACGUUCACAUUUGCACAAGCUAAACGUGAAGUCCGUCCCAAUGUGAAGGAACAUUAGCAGAUGUCUCAGGGUACACGAGGACCUGGAAGACUCCAUGUUUGCACUUGUCGUGGAUGAAGGCCUUGACAAGUACAUUCCGAUGCACACUAAGAAGGAUCAUAAGAAGUUUAGUAGCUCAGGGUUUACUUCCUUAUACACAUUACCGAUAGCAUAUUUAAUAUGAACCUUUUCAAUAAUAUCACUGCAAAUGUGCCUUUGAAUAUGAGCUGCUGCAGAAACCAUAGUAAGGUGAAUACACUAACACUGCAACAGCACUGGGACUGUAUCACCAGCUUCAUUUCAGAGCUGUGUUGCCUUAAGUGUUUGUUUAAAGAUUGAAUAGUAAUGCCAUUUGUAAUGUACAAGGUGGCUACCCGUUGUUUACAUCUAUUUCUUACUGAGAUGAGAAUGUGUCGAUUGUUGUCUAUUAAACUUGUAAU